GCCUAAAUUUAGCGGCCGCCAGCGGAGCCACCACCUGAUCAAAUCCACUCGCCUCCCGUUUCCCUCCCCUCCCCCUCUACUGUCUCCUCCGCGAAAAUAGCCAGCAGAGGAGGGCCGUGGCCACCGCACACGCGUCCGCCCGCCGUUCCCCUCGGCCUCGGCGCGGCUUCACCUCUCCCCCCGCCCUGCCUCCCGUCCCAUUUCCGGCCAUGGCCUCUUCGGUGGCCGCCAUGCCACACGAGUCCGCCUCAUGGAGGGACCCCUCCCGCCCCACCCCGUCCAGAGGCUUCUUCAACAUCCUCAUCCCCUCCCCCGAAGCCGCAGCGGCCUCCUCCUCCUCCGCCAGCGAGCCCACGCCCAGGCGCCGCCGCCAAAUCCUCGACCGCUGGGCGACCGCCGCCGCCGCCGUCACGGCCAGCGCCCCGCCGGCCCCCGCCGACCAGCGCCGCCGCGCCAGGGACGCCGAGCUGUCCGAGCUCGCUUCCGCCACGCGCCCCGUCGCCGCGCGCGCCGCCGUCUUCCGGGAGCCGUCCCCGGCGCCCUCCGACGCCUCCUCCACGGCCGCGCCCGCGGCUCCGGCGGCGGCGGCGGCGGCCACCGCCGCCGCCGUUGCCACGCCCUCCGAGCUCCCGCCCGCGGGGCCCCGGGCCUCGUCGCUCAUCCAGCGCUGGCGCGCGAUCGAGGCCGUCGGGCCCGCCACGCCGCGCCCCGGUAGCGCCGCCGACCCCGCCACGCCGCGCCCCGGCAGCGCCGCCGACCCGGCCUCCGCCUCCGACUCCGACACCGGCUCGCCGCGCGGCCGCGUCGGCUGCAUCGUCAAGAAGCUCAGCGGGGCGUCGUCGCUGCCCGAGGAUGAGCUCGACGACGCCGCCAAGUCCGAGCUCUCGCUCUCGCAGUCCGCGCCCCCGUCGCCCGCGCCCACGCGCGACGCCUCGCAGUACCCGCCGUACGCGUCGGGCGCGAUCAACUGCCCCCGCCCGCCGCAGCUCGUCGUCCGGACGGUGCGCGGCCGCCGCGCCAUGGAGGAGCUCGUCGCCGCCAUCGCGCACCGGCGGAGGCGCGAGGUCGCCGCGCUCGCCGAGAGGCACGCCGUGUCCCGCUUCGCGCACAAGGGCAGGAUCCAGUCCAUGCUUCGUCUGAGAUUGUUACGCCAGAGAGGUACAGUUGAGGAUGAACCGUGGAGUCUACUAAAGCCGGUUAGGCCACACCAACAAAAACAUGUGGGCAAGUUGAGGUACGAUAGCAGGGACACAGACUUACAAAAAGCAAACAAUUCCUGUCAACAAAAUAAUAGCAAGUGCAUGCCUGACGAACAACUUUAUAACGAUAGAGUUCCAGCUGAGGAAAAAUCAAAUGAUAUAUCCGCUGAAGGCCUUGUUGAUGGUUCAGGAAAUCUACAGUGUGAUGAGCAGAUGAAAGCAAAGGGGGAUACAUGUCAGAAAGAUUGUGAAAACUUUUGUGUUCAUAGUCAACACUAUUCUGAAGCAUCAAGCUUUGCAAGGUAUGGUGAGCAUAGUACUAUCGAUGAGAAUCAGUUUGUGGAAGAUAUCUCCCCAAGCACUACAAGCACGUUGCAUGAACUAGAAACUCCAUCGUCCAGAGGAGAUAAUCUUCGCGAAGAAGACAACCAAAGCAUAAACGGUUCCUGGGAAGAGAGAGGGUUAUGGAUAAGCAGCCUAGGUUGGCCUGCACCAAUUGAUACUAUGAGUCCGGAUAGCUGGCAUCAGGAAACAAUGGGUGAUAUUGAGAAUCAUAAUAAUCCAAUUCAAUUCAAUGACCGCCCCUGGAUAGAGUCCCCUAACUCGUGGAGAUCACUAUGUGUUGUCACGCAAUCAGACUGUCAUGCUCUGUCACACAAUGCUGACAUUUGCAACCUUCUUGAGAGAAAAAAGGUCUCAAAGUCUCUUGAGAGUGACUUCAGCAAUAAAAUGAACCAGCUGUUGCUAACAGCUCUGCAAAAACAAAGGCAACAACGGAUGAUGGAUGACUUUGGAGGAUACUAUGAUGAACGCAUGUACUGGAGACAAAAUGAUGAAAUUCGUGAUGCUGAUAAGGAGGCAUCUGCUCCAUGUUCAUUAGCCCCUGUCGCACAUCUUGGAGCUCAUCAGCAAGAGAGUUGGCAGCAUUCUUCAUUUGGAAGUCAACAUCAACACCACGAUAACCAAAAUUUACUUGAAAUGGAAGUCAGGGUAAGGGGUGAAAUGUCCCAGAUUCAUCAGGAAAUAUAUCAACUGCGGAAGUUGGUGGAAAGUUGCAUUGCAUCCCAAGUAAAGAUGCAGCACUCCAUUAAAGAAGAGGUGUGCAGUGCACUUCGUGAGGCAGGCUUGAUGCGAAGCCAACCCGACACAGCAGCAGCAAAAAGGGGUAACUGCUGCAUCUGCCAUCGAAUGCAAGUUGACUCUCUACUUUACAGGUGUGGGCAUGUGUGCACCUGUUUUGACUGCGCCGAUCAGCUGAAAUCGAGCGGCAUGAGCUGCCCAAUCUGUCAAUCUCCUAUUGAUGAUGUUGUUCUGGCGCGGUUGAAUUUUUGAGCUUAGAAUUUAGGAAAGGCCAAGAGAAAAAGAGCCGGCACUCCCAGAUUUAGACGUGGAGUUUGCGAAGCCCUGGUUUUGAGGCGGCUUCUUACCUUUUUGCUUAACCACCACUAAAGAAAUACGAGCUAGUUCUUGGAGAAAAUGUAAAUAUGUUUUUUUGGCGCAAGAGCGGUGUGCUUGUAUCGCACUAAAGGAAAACAGAGUUCUAAUUAAAAUGCUGGUUGUAUUCCCCGUAUGUACCACAUCACUUGUUCACGGAGAGAAUGUAAUGGUUCUGGUUCUAUUUGCGCGAUAGGUUUGAACUCACAGCAUUGAUACUCUUCACUCAGGCCUAUUUGAACAAAUUCAACGCCAACUAAUAAUAUGUUUGGUUUGAGGAA